GAUCUGAGGGAGAAAAAACAGUCUAGCGCCUCUCUAAGACCGAAAGGUAACACUUUAUGAUGAUUUCUUAUUAAAUAAUAAUUAAUCAAUCUUGUUCUUUACAGCUCCCUUUGGAAAAGUGUGAUAGCCUGGGACCCAAACUAAGCGCGCGCUCAUUUAUGGGAUUGUUUGGGGAGACAAGUCGAGCAACCACCUUGACGAGACACGCAAGUUGUUGUUGUUGUUUUUUUUUUGGUGAAAUUGCACCAGGCACAUCGUGUUCCUUCAGCGUCACAUUUUCAUGUUUAUUUUUCUUUCAAUUCCACCUUCCGUUUUUCUAUUUUGAACUGUUUUAACCCCACUGAAACAUUCCACUUCGCUUUCCGCCAUGUUUGUUUACUUUCGUGCCCCACCCCCCCCAAAAAAAUCCCAUAAAUGCGUGCGCGCCUAGUUUGGAUUCCAGGCUAUCACUCUUUUCCGAAGUGAGCUAUGUCAAACAAUCUUGUCAAACUGCUUUCUGAGUGCGAGCAUCUGUUUACAGAUAGACCUAUGGUCAUCACUGAGUCCGCUGUGCCAAGUGCAGCACAAUUUGACCUGGGGCCCGUUUCUCGAAAUAAUUAACGGGCCCGGUAAGCUGUUGCCGUUGACAUUAAAGAUCGAGGUUUCAAUAGUUUUGCAUCUAACAUGAUAAAACUAUCAGUUAAUGAAACAGAAUGGAGUAGAUUGCUUGCCAGGACCCGCGCUCUUAUUCUUUUUAUUUCGAUUUGAAUAUUUGUUUACGGGCGCAAAAAGUUAGCGGGGCUCUCGAGAAACGGGAUCCGGGCUUUGAAACUGUAUGAUAGAAAGAACCAGUACAUGCUCAACAAAGAUCUUACUCGAUUCAUACAUCUCGAGAACGCAGAAUUCGAGGAGGUGAAAGAAAUGCUCUGCCAGCAGGGUGGGAAAAGAGCUAUAAGAAAAUAAAAAGACAUUUAAGAAGGCUUUUGGUAAUACCGAUACCCGGGUGAUGACGCAGGUGUGGACCUACCCCUCCCCUAAGUCACAAUUUUGCCCUAGGUGAGAAGUAAUCGUUAAUGUUGACUUAGGGGAGGGGUAGGUGCUCAGUUACACAGAAACCUCAAUUGAUCUACAGUUAGUUCUCUGAUCUAAGAUUUGAAUGCCACACGUUUAUAACUGUUUACUUGGAUGCUACUCCUCGGACAGGAAUCAGAGCGGCAGAAAUAUCUACCUCAUGAAUAUGAUAUAUAUCAUAUCCAGUUUUUAACUUUUAGGGCCAGUUAUUUAAACGGAGAUUAGCCAGUGUUUAACAAAACUGCGCCCUAAGCUAUUUUCAGUUUCCCGCACGCUUUUAUUCAAAGACCAUUUAUCGUGAACAGUUUCAUGAAAGCAAAUAGCGUAGACUGGAAAAGCAUUUGUCUUCUUAAAAUAACGCACUAAGAAAGACCUGAGAUCUGGAUGUCCAAAGAUUUUUUAAACCGCGAUCUAACACGGACUUCGUUUGAAUAACCCGACUCUUAGGGUAAAGGCUUUUUCCAUUGUACUACGAGGUUUGGCCUAGGUACGAUAGCUAACAACACAUUUGUUGACAAUAAAUACCGCUAAGUAAAGAAACCUAAAACUCGUCGUUAUCUCGGUUUUUUAUUUUUAUUAUUAUUUUUUUAAUUUCAAGUCCUUCAAGUACAGAUGAGCUCUUUGCUCGAAAAAUCCUCGUCGGAUGCUGGCGAAGAGGAAGAAGAAGAAGUAGAAGCUGAAGAAGAAGAGGAAGUAGCAGUAGAAGCUGAAGGAGACGUUGAAGCGGUAACUGCGGCGGCUUCUGGGACAGAAUCAUCUGAGGAAUUGACCACAGUAGGUUCAGAAGAGGACAUUGUAACCCUGCCAGAGCAAGAAGUUGAAGAAGGAUCCCAAGAAAUGAUUGUGAGUGGGCCUGAAGAAAAGGUUGAAUUAGAGUCUGAAGACGGAACUCCAGUUAAAGACGAUUAUAUCGUUGUAUUCAAGUAAGUACUUUAAUGUGAUAUUCAGUAAAAUCUUCCUAAGGCGGAUACCGUCAACUUCCGCUCAUAAGGUCUUGGCUUAUUCAACUUCGUAAGGGUUUUAAGAGGGCUCACGAGGGGGGGGGGGGGGGGGGUGGGGGGGGGGGUGGGGAGGUUGUUGGCUAUAACCAUACUAAAAAAAAGCUACAUAGCAGUGUCGAUCAAAAUACUUUUUGAAUUUUCUCGCUUUUUUAAGAUUAAAAAAAAUCGAAUUCAUCUCUGUGCAAACUAGAGGGGGCUUAUAUCCCAGGGAAAUUAUAACCGGAUGUAUCUUUUGUUUACAGAUAGAUAUACCCACAACUAGGUGGGCGAACUUAGCAACGGAAGUUUAAGCCAUUAUAGGCAAAGAUUCAAGUGCCAAUAUGUCGGCUUGAAAAGGGCUAUGUGAUGUCGUGUUUCCAACUUUGAUAUUUUAGCUUAGUAAGCAUCUUCCUGUUAUUUUUUCCACGGCGGAAUAGUUCAACUUGAAAAAAGUUGGCCUAUUUCACCUGUAGUUGCUUCACAAAACUUUAUUUUAUUUUAUUUUUAUUUCUAAGGGAUAAGGUGUCUAAGCAAGGUACCCACUGGAAUCUUAAACAAGUGGCCGCACACGUUACAUUCCCUCCUGAUGCUGUAUCUGAAGACCAAACAGUAACUGUCCUUAGAUGGAAUUCAUCGGUUUGUUCCCCUCCUUUGAACGACAAUGAAGCUCUGGUCAGUGGCAUUAUUGAACUAUCGACCGACAGCGCUCAAGGUUUUGAGUUUAACAAAGCUGUGACACUGGUGAUUUCCCAUUGUGCGGCAGAUAUAAAAGGAUAUGAGGUUGUUGCGAAAAUGUUGAUUGACAGCGAUACUAACGUGUGGAGUGACAUCUCUGAGACUGUUCACAUGCGGUCGUUAGCAGGUAAGGAAAAGGCGCUGACGAGACAUUCACGUCAUUAGUUCAUGACGUAGGAACCGUAUUCCUCGGUGUGGUGGUCUAUCUCAAAUUCACACUCUCUAGCUAGGGAUCAUCAUUACUCAUUCCAAAACAUUUUACGUUUCUGGGAAACUGCCCACCUACCCCUCCCCUAAGUCAAGAUCAACACUUAGUUCUCACUUUGGGCAAAAUGUAGGCUUAGGGGAGGGGCAGGGGGGCAGUUUCCCAGAAACGUAUAAUGAUCCCUGGAUCAUUGAAACUGCUCACCUACUCCUCUCCUAAGCCAACGUCAACACUUACUUCUCACUUAGGGCAAUAUCCUUAACUUACAAACUGCAACACAAGCAGUCUGGCAAAAGUCCCCUAACCAGUGUUGUAAAUUAUCCCUGAAAAGCCCUUUGGGGGGUGGAAAAUAGUUAUGAUAUUUACAAUUUACAGCAACAGCAGUUUUAUUUGGCAUUGUAGAACAGCUAUUUAUAGAUUAAUAGUUUGACGAGCUGCAGAAAGAGCAGUCUUUCGUGGGGCGUUUUCACCUGAGUUUCUUUGUUGAAAUAAUUAGGUAACUUAGAUCAAACCGUAUAAUAAAGUCAAACAAAGAAAAAAAUCAUAACUUGGUUAUAGAACGUUGGAAAAUAGAGAGUCAUUGCGUGAUAGAGAUUAUUAUUCAUUCAAAAUACUUCUCCAUUUCUGACUGGCUAAAAUCACACGCAUAAUUCAUCAUAACCAGCUACUGUUGACAAAAUUUGGAAGAACCUUGCCAUAUUGAACCGAUGAGGUCAAAAGCGCAGCAAAGUUGCAGAUUAUUGAACCGUUAACCGAGAAAACCUGGGGAGGAGUUUGGGUUGUUUUCGAAGUUAGUAAUGGCAGAACAUUUUACUUGUUUCACGGCGAACUAUGGUCUAAAAACAUGGCAAGAACAGCAAGAAGACAAUUCGACGGAUGACAUCUGCUAUUUGAAACAUAUUUGCAGACCUGAACAGCCCUUUAUCUCCUAAACUUCUCGAUAAAGAUGCAAUAUCGAUAUGACCAAGGUAAGCAUGUUUUAGCUUGCUUUUAAACUUGGAAUUAAAAAGGAAUGAUCUUGGAGUGUGUUAUCCACCUUUCAUACUCAUUCAAUAAUUGCUAAAUGGCCGUUUUAUACCGGCUUUCUUUCAAUAGAACCGGUUUGACUGCAUCACUAAACUGGAAUACUGCGUUUUUUUCAUUACAGACAUCCCUGCCUCAUCAAGUGAUAUUCCUGAUUAUUUUCUACCGGUUGCUGAGUUUAAAGUAACACGGUGCUCAACGUUUGCAGUUGUUUGCCGUCUGAAAUCGAACGAGUUCACUCUUACUUCAGAGGGAAAAGUCCUUUCUUUCCCUGAGCAUCCACUCUUUAAUGUUUCUAUUCCUGAAAAUGCUGUACAGAAAGGCGAAGAGCAUCAUAUCGUCGUCAAGGUUAGUUAAUAAUUCCUCCAUAACGCUGGGUAAGGCAUAGUCUCUUACGCAGCCAUUUUAGUGUCGUCACGCAACGCUCGUCACCCUCCAUGUGAAGGUGCGUUGCGUGACGACCCAAAGAACGACUACGAAGGAGACAAAGAAAAGCAUUACUGUUGUCAACACCGUGCUGAUUUUCCAUACUAUCUAGCUCCCUUAAGAGUGAUCAAAAGGAGGAAUUCUUCAUAUCUGAAGCUACUAUUCAAAAACCUUUCAACUUACUUGACCCCUGGUUUGCAGUUAAGCUUGACGCGUAGAUCAAGUGUAUAAAAACUGAUAAAUAAAUAAAUGAAAACAAGCUCUUGAAUUACUGUCCCAGAUCACCUCUACAUUUUAACUAAAAUAGUGAUAAAGACAAAUUUUACAACCUUCUAAUAUUCUUUGUCUUUGUGAUUAGUUGCAGGAAAUUCAUCAAAAAGAAUUUAAGGGGAAGGAUGUAUGGGCUGGCCCUAUACUCAGAAUCACAAGCCCUGACACACUGCAGUUUCAGCAGCCUGUAACCAUACAGCUACCAUUAUCUCUCAGGGAGGAAAGCUGUCCAGCUCCUGACAUGUCAACGUGUCGCGUUCGGAUCUUUUUUCAAGAGUCAGCUUCUGAACACCAGGAAUGGACUGACAUCACCGACCGCCUUGUCACGCCUGCAAGUUGUGAUGGAAUGGUGUUUGAAUUCAGCGUCACGCACUUUUCUGUGUAUGUACCUUGUAUUACUGUUAUAUUAGGGAGGCGUGACCCAGGGCUGUCAAAAAGUCUUGUAGUAACAGGCUGAUAAUGAAUAGUAAGCGGCUUUUGAACUCGCACCAAAGGCAUAAGUUCUUGACAGCCGAAGCAUCUAGGGAUAUUGUGAAAUUUAGAUCCUCGGAUACGGUGUUUCCAGGGGGUUUUCAAGAGGUAUAUUUCACCGCGGACGCCAUGUUGUUUCGUCAGAAUACACGGAAGGCUGGGAACAAUGCCGUCGAAAUGUCCCAGGCGUUCCACGACAUCGCACUGUUCGAAUGUUUCACAGAUCUAAACCUGUUUAAAUAUGCGUUCAAUGUCAUUUAAAACUGGGAAACGGGUGCAUUACAAUUUUAUUCAAUGGUGCCUGUUUUUUGUCAGCAGUUAUGGUAGAAGGAGAUGAAAGUAGCCUGCUAAGGAUGGCUAACUAGCCGGUGGUUUUGGCCGGCUGCUGGCCCUUAUUAACAGCCCUGGUUGCCUGGUUGUAAGGGCGCUGCGCUUGCAAUCCAGAGGUCUCGGGUUCAUGUUCGGGGGCUACUCAAUAAAGUUUAUACAGGGAGGCUCCGCCCCGAAGUCCAACCCCUUACCCUUUUAUACACCAUUUUUGAUAGAAACGGUACCCCUUUCGUAUACCUUCAUUUGACACCCCUUUCACGUACCUUGUUUAGAACGUUGCAUCCUUCGAACCGCUGUAAAUGCACUCUUUUUAAAGAGUGAAUUCAUCACCAAACAACAAAGUUUUCUUGACUUUUUGACUGCAAUAAAAUGCCUCUGUCAACCUUUUUAGGUCCUUUUACAGUUCGAAAUGAAAGAUUUCUCAAUUCUCAUAUAUACUUCAACUAAUGAAAUCCCCACUCUUUCAUUUACCUGAAGCCCGAUAAAAGGAACCCCUUUCGGGCGGAGCCUCUCACUAUGCGCCAUUAUGGGGAGUACCCCCGGGGGUUCACAUACUGCCCCUUUUUUUUCGUCGACAUGUCUCCACUGUGCGGAUAAGCCUUAACAGAUAAAUAUCCUUCUUACAUACACUGUUAAAAAUGUAUGGUCUAAUAACCGUCUUAAGACUUAUAAAGGCUCUUCUGAGCAUUGUCUUAGAAUGCAAAGAAGUUCCUCAACUGCCUUCACGAAAUUGAAAGUUCUCCCAGGUAGAGUUUUUUUAAUUUUUUUUUAUGAUCUUUAGUCAAGUGUCGUAAGUGCCUGAGCAGAAAAGCAACAGUUUAUUUUACCCGCGUAAGGCAGUAAAACGUAAGCGUUUGAUGGGCGCUAUCUUUCCUGCUGCCAUUAUCCCUCUCUCUAAUUUUCUUCAUAGCUUUUAACCGAUCUCUCGUGCUAACCGCGCAUUAAAAUCCGUGAUUAUUUCAACACAGGUUCUGGUGUUGGCUCGAAUGGUGCGCACAGCCUAUGGUCUGGCUGCGAGAAGCAAUGUCUCGCGAUACAAGACUAGUACGGAAAGCAGCAUUUUUUGCAGCCUAUGUUUCAAAGGAUGCCCGCCUUAAUACAAAUACAAACCUCAGGUUGUUUUGCAGUCCAGUGAACGAGAGAGGAAAGCUUCACGACGAUGAAUCGAGGCUGGGCAAUGUGUGGUUAGGGGAUGAAUGUUCUAUGGAACCGAUGAAUCCCGAAGACAGAGCAUAUGUUUUUCUUUCAGGAGACGUCGUGAGAACCUUAAGACCAGGAAAGUUCGUUCGGUAAGAAAAAAAAUUGUAUCUCAGGGCCUAUAUGGACAAAUCUGACGAUUUGAAUCUUGAAUCUACUUCAUCUAAAAAAGUACUUCAGUGUCAUAUAUGCAAUAUUUUCCAUCCAACAGUUUUAGAUGAAGUUGGGCCAACAUGGCGGAUCCGUUCAAACGAGCCCCUACCGCGGCUAGCGCUAAUCCAGGAUUAAAAAUUUUGAUCCUUUUUUUAUUUACCUUCCUAUGCAUUGCUUAGAGUGACAAUCUGUGUUAUCUCACUAAAUCUCGAAGUAAAGACGCCACAGUAUUUUGUAAGCUCGAGUGACGUUCUUAGACAGGAAAACCUUGCUUAAAAUCUGGGUUAAUCAUGGGUUAAACUUAACGACGGGCCUUGUACCCUUAUCAAACAUAGUUCUCUACCAGUUCAGUUAUUAUAAAAUGUUAUUUCCUUUUCUUUUCUCCAGCUUUCCUGAUCAAGCUUAUAAUUGGACUAAUGUCCCGGUUUAUGUUAUGAGACGUGGGGCCUUGACAGUUGAGUUCUGCAGCAGCCGCGAUCGAGAUGAAGAUAAUUUGUUGUGUGAAAUGGAGGUAACUGUUCCUCCUCAACAAAGAGACCCUGACGUAGGUGUUGUUAUUCAAUUCACCGUACCUAUAAAAUUUUAUUUCCUUUUGAUAAUAUUUGCAUGGAAAAGGCGCGUUAUAAAUAUUUAUUUAUUAUUAUCAUAUUAUUAUUAACUAAAAAGAUGGCGACUGGUACAUUUCCCAUAAUUCUUAGCGCAUGAAAGCCCUAAAAUUGAUCAUAAAAACGCACAGAAGAGUUUUAUAUUUUCAAACCUAGGAUAGGCAAUGUUGCUGUUACAAGGACGAAUUUCGCCAAAAAAAAUAUGACUUUAUGUGUAAUUGGUCGUGUAAAAUGUGGUAAAUGUGGUAAAAUAUACAACCGCCAUCUUUUCCGUACGGUGGAUUAGCACUGUGGCAAUUAACUGAUACCAGGGCGGUGGAGAUUAUCUAUUAUUAGUAGACCACGAUUUUCAAUGAGCCUAAACCGGGAUAGUUCUGGUUGCUUUAAAGAAAAAAACAUUGAUAAAAGAAAUCAUACUUUUGAAACAAUAUCUUUCUUUGGUUUGCAUGGCAACACUUUAAUUAUUCCUGUACAGUGAACAAGGACAGAUAUUUUAUUUGUUUCACAUCUGUUGAUGAUACGGGACACACGGGUCUCAAAAUCACUCUCAGUUCACCAUUCGGUUUUUCUUCGCAGAAGACACCGAUCGAAUUCUUUGGUUUACCCUUUCAUGACGAGAUCCUACAUUGCGCCAACCUCACCGGCGUCGAUGGCAUGCUUACUGCAUGCAGUGGUGUGUUACAAGAUAUUGGGAAAAGGCGUAUUUACGACGACCAUUUGUCUUUGCCCCCGACCGGAGAGACUAAGGAAAGUUUUUUUAGGGAGUUAGCAAAACUCGCUCCUGAGGAUCAAGAAAAGUGUUUUCGUCGGAUUGUCACUACGUUGGACGAUAGUGAAGGCGACGUAGAACAUGUUAAGAACCACCUUCUUAACGGUAAGAGUUUUAAGUAAAGAAAGUAACAAAAUAUUCUCGUUUUUCUUGUCCUCGGCACUGUCCAUUAUUAGUAUUUGCCAAAUCAGUAAAAAGCAAGUUUCGUGGGUUUUGAUUGACUUCCGUAACUUGGAAUAUCCCAAGGGCGUUAAUCAAUAUGGCGUCGUGUUUGGCGUCAGUUUUAGAAGACGACAUUCUAGCGACAAGCGAUAGUUGUACCAACAAAUACCAAAAAACGACGAAAUUUGGCUUGUCGAUGUUAUUUUAAUAGCGGGUAAAAGUCCAUUUUUUUUAAUGGUGAUAAUAAUAUACUCGACAAAUCCUCGAAAUACUGAAUAAAAUUUAAACAAAGCAUUUACUAAGUGACGUCUUUUGUUUAAAGAAUUACUUUUUCUUUCUAUCCAACGGAUUUGGUAAAUACGAAAGCUCAUGACUUCGACAGUUUGCGUCUCUCUGUAUAUAUCCGUCCGAAUCCCUCUCCGGGUAUGGUUGUUAUUCAUUCAUAGCCAUUUCUGAUUAGAAAAGUAAGCAAUACUGACAAUGAUUGACAUCAGUCGUAAAAUAACAAAAAAAAAAUGUGAAAGUUUUGAACCCGGGAGUCAUUUCAAGAGUAGGUUGAGUUUGACCGUCCGGGUGAACGUAGUCCUGAAUAGGACUGUUGUUGUUGACAGUGACUGACGUUUCGACAACCUGUACGGUAGUCAUCUUCAGAGUCAAUGUGACUUGUAUCACGUCAGUUGAUGGUAUUAUACUCUGGUUAUUGAUUUGAUUGGUCAAUUACGUCGCGAUGUUGUUGGUCGGCUGUCAAUUAAGCCGUGAUGUUAUUGGCUGUGAAGAAUCGUAAUCAGUAAUUGGUGCGUUUCGAUCCGCCUAUUGUCACAGUUAAACAGUCGUCUAUUUUUAGUCAAAUUGUCAGUUCUCCAGUCGUUCUCUCGCAGUUACUUUUGCUUGAUCUUGUCAAUAAGUCGUUUGUACGGCGCUGGUAACUGUUGGCUACGAUUCGGUGGCGUUUGUUCUAAGUUAGUAAACCAGCUUUCUAAAGUAAGACGUUGAUAGUAGUCUGUAGAAUAACGUUAUUCAUGUCGCAAAGGCCCAGUCAAUUUGAUGUUUCGUCUGUAAAUGGUGCUCAGCAAUGUGAUUGUUGACGUCACCAUUCCUCGUCACUCGUUUGUGUUCGGUCAGUCGCUUGCUAAGGUUUCUGCCGGUUUCACCAAUGUAAGAAGCCUGGCAGUCGCAGCAUUUGAUCUUGUAUACUGCUCCCGGUCUGUCCUCCGGUUUGUCUUUGUGCUUUGUCCUCCUAGUCGUCGUAAAGUGGUUAUCGGUUUGUGUGCAACACGUACAUUGUAAGGUUGUGUUAUACGUGCGAUAGUUUCAGAGGUGCCUCUGAUGUACGGUAUAGUCGCUGUCGUAACAGGGCAAGAGUUGACGCUGCUCUGAGUGUUGGAAUCAGUGUUACUGUGACUGUUCCGUCUAACGAAGUCCGUGCUGUAAUUGUUCUUACUAAAAAGGUUGUUACGAUAAUCAGUCUUGUCUUGUAGGCUGUUAGGUGAGUAGCAAACUAGUUGCGCUCGUCUCGUCAGAGUCCGGAUAGUAGUAGCCUUGUGAGAGGUCGGUUUGUACGAAUACUGGUCUAGUAAUCGUCGGUAUGUGUCGCUUUUCUGUAAAUAGUCGUUUGUAGUUUGUUGUUGUCGCGGGUGACCAAGCAGUGUAGAAAAGGUAUCUUACCAUUUACUUCGAUCUCAGAUUAAUAACCAGAGUAUUAUACCAUCAACUGACGAGAUACAACUCACUUUGACUCUGAAGAUGACUGCCGCACAGGUUGUCGAAACGUCAGUCAGUGUCAACAACAACAGUCCUAUUCAGGACUACGUUCACCCAGACGAUCAAACUCAACCUACUCUUAAAAAAAAAAUAUCGGACGAUUGACGUCACUCAAAAAAAAGUAGCGUGACGAUAAAUGCAUUGCUAGUUGAAUGCUUGUGAAUGUGCAUGCUCUGUGAAGUCGGUCAUCUUUUAAUGUUUAAUUUUGUUCUUGCAGCUUAUAAAAAGGUUAACGAACCUCCAAGUGAUAGUAUCUGUUUAGUUGUUGCGGAGAAGGUCGAAGUGGAAUGGAAAAUCUUCGCCAGUUAUCUUGGACUACCACAGCCUGUGAUCGAAAACAUAGCGGAGGAAGAAAAACGUAACGGAAAUUUGUUUCAAUGUCGGAAGGCUUUGAGUGAGUGGUACGAAAAAAAUGGAUCUAAAGCCACAAACAGGGAGAUCAUGAGGUGCCUAACAAAUAUGGGUUAUGCUAAUGUAAACUGGCAUAUUAUGAGAGAACUUGGCCUGGUGUCAAUUGAUAAUAUACCUGAAUCAGAGAGAUAGUGACAUUGGUCUUAACUGAAGCUCCUUGUAAUUCUUCCUUUUUCUCAGAGAAGAUCUAAGAAGAACACUGUAGAUCAGAAUGGUCCUUGUUAGCCCUAAAAAUGGGGCCCUCCUAUUUUUGGGGGUCUUAUGUGGCUCCCUUAAUCAGGGCCAAUAUUUUCCAACUACCUAGAGCUGAUUUGGACUCAAGGGAUGAUGGGGGCGGGGGGUAACUUGGAUUAAUUUUUGCUGGGUAUGUGCCGCUGUCCUCUCAGGGCCCCUACCCCAGUAUAGUCUAUUCUAUGACCAGUUAUAGACCUUAUCUUAGUCGCUUUUGGGCAAAAGUAAUUUUCGUGAUCCCAACUUACUCACUUUCUUUUUAUGUAUCUACCUUAUCAAGCCUUUAAAUAGGUCAUCGUUAAAAUGAAUUGACCCA